AUGGUAGUGAUGCCGGUUCCGGCAUUGAUAGUACUUACCCCCAAUUUCUCUAUAGAUGGAGUAUAUAGCAAGGUCCAUGUUUACAUGGCACUGCGCACAAACCCCUACCUCAACCAACUCGAAGCAGCCCUGGGUGACAACCAUGCCGGCACUUGGAUUGGCAUCCGUCCACAUACAUUUUGGGACGACCUCGUGCCUAUUGUCAACGAUAUUCGUGCCAAAAAGGUAGACAUCGUUGUUACCCUUGGCGGCACCUCCAUCGUCGAUGGCGCAAAAGCCAUUACAUACGCUCUCGCCAACAAUGUCCGACCUGUCGAGGACAUGCGCACCAUCGUUAACCCUUCUCCUGACGACAUCGCUCGCCAGGACAAGUUUCUGCAACGCGAUGGCAUUGGCAAUGCACCUACUGUGCCACUGAUCUUCAUCCCAACCUCUCUCUCUGGGGGUGAAUACUUCAAAUUCUCUGGGGCACCAACGCAUAAUGAAGGGUGCCUCCCCCACGGCAUCGGAUAUCAAUUGGGGCCCCUCGGAGUAGGACGUGGGCAUACUAGUUGCAUAAUGCUACCGGCAGUGAUGAAGUGGAAUGUGGCAAGAGCUUCUGAAGCGCAGAAUGAUAUUCUGGGACAGCAGGAGAAACUGAAGAGGGUCUUUCUUGCGGAAGAGAGCGUUACAUCAGUGUUGCGGGAAGCAAACAUUGAUGUAAAGACGUGCGAUGUCGGAGACAUCCUCCGCGCGGUAUUCAACAAAUUGCGCAUGCCAGCUACGCUGGAGGUCGGUGUCGGCAGGGACAGAUUUGGCACGCUGGCAAGAAACAGUUUGAACGAUGCAUUUUUGCCUACUAACCCCGUGCCAUUGUUGGAGAAGGAUGUGGAUAAGGUUUUGGAAAUUCUUGAAUUGGUUGCUGGUGACGCAUGA